CCAAAAAUGAUUUUAGCCAAUUCAAAAUCACUCUCAAACGAGCCCUUAGAAGUCCACGCUACUAAGCCCAAUGUUAAUUUGUUUCCGGUUGAAAACUAAUUAUCUCGUCUUCAUAGUUUCUGACCAAACAUAGUUGACUGAACCCUAAUUUCAAAAAUAUAUAUUAACCUCAAAUGAGAAAGGAAAAAAAAAAAAAAAAAACCCAAUGUAAAAAGAAAUUUGGCAGGCCGAUGUUACCCUGCAAUCUUCAUCCAAUACUUGACAAUCUCUUAAGCUCAAAGCCCAAAUCUAAUGCACUCGAGAACACCAGAAGCCCAAUUUCUUGAGCCCACAAAAUGCCUCGUGGUUUAGGGGGAAAAAGAAAACAGAAAAAGAAAAAAAAAAGUUCGUUACGCGGCCUGGUGCAUCGCCGUCCUAAACUGUCAAGUUCCCUCACUCACUCACCCCCAAUCCGACAUUGUUCGCAACGAAGCCCGACCAAUUACAAAACGCCGUCGUUCUAUAAACUGUUGUGUUUUUACUGUGAAACUUAACAAUUCGUAAGAUCAACGAUGUCAGAAGACAAUCUGAAUGAAUUGAUUGAGAGGAAAGCGAAUGUUACGAAUGAAUUGCAGAGUUUAAGAGAGAAAAUCGAUAAGGAAGGAGAUAAAGCUGCGGUGCACAAGUUGAUAUCGCUGAGGCAGGCAUUGAAGGAGCUGGAAAGGCAAGAGCUUGAAAUCCAGUCUUCUAGUAAUUCUGAAUUGGAUGCUGAGGUUCGUAGAUUGGAGGACCAAAUAACAAAUGGGUAUGAUGGCCAGACUGUCUCUGAUGAAUUGGAUCGUCUGUUGAGUGAAUCAGUGGAGAAAAUUGAUUCAGCUAAAGGGGAACUUGCAGCUAGAUCAAGGGCAGUGCUGGCAGUGCAGCGACAGAUUGAUGAUGUUCCAUCUCAAUCAGAACUCAUCCAGUAUGAACGCCGGUUUUCAGAACUGAAUGCUCAAAUUCAGGGAAAACUUCAACAAACUCGUAAAUUCUAUGCCACAUAUAAUGCACUUUUGGAGAUCAAAGAAUUGAUGCUAAAGGAAACAUCUUUAUUGAAUUCAAUAAGUUCACAGUUUCAAGAUGCAAUCACUAGCACUGAUGGUCGCAUGAAACUUAUUAACUCCAUGGAGGGAAUCAUAAAGGGCAGUCAACAGAAGCUACUAAAGGUACAACUUGGACUUAAAGAAGAGCAAAAAGUUUGUGAUGCUCUGAAGGCGAAGCAUGUUGCAGCAACUGCAGAGCAAAGGCACUGCUAUUCUCUCUUAAAAGCUUUCCAGGAGGAAUGUACAAAGAAUGAGGUACUCAGAAGAGGUGCCGCUUAGAACAUCUCCGCAGCAUGUGAAGUCGAGUUGUUAAACCAACUUCAUGCGCAUCGGUUGAAUGCUUACUUAUUCAUUUGAAAUGAAGGAUUGGUCAUCAUAAGUUCUUGUAAAUUAAAAAUCAAACAUUUUCCAGGUCGAGCUUCUUGAAUGUUGUACUACGUACCAAGAUAAAAAUAAUGAAUGGAAAGAUCAGCUUAAUCAGCUUGAUGUAGAAAUUCAACUCAUCUUUUUCAUACUGGAUGUGAAUGAUGUGAGCGACGUCUUAUUCUC